GCAAGUUUAGCGAGUACAUGUUACUGUUAUGUUCAUCGUAGUUUGUACAUACUGGUACAUGUACAUGUAGGCCAUAUGCUGGUUGCGAGAUGGCACCGAGGAGGAGAAAACCUGUUUCCUCGGAAACUAACGAGGCAGGUGAUUCGAAAAAGAAACACAAUCAUGCAGACAAGGAAGCAGAAUCUAGUGAGGAGGAAGUACCACGGCACAGGGUCACCUUCCGGUCCUUGGCUCUUCGAUUGUUGGCCAUCUUCUUCUUCUUAGGCCUGGCUCACUGGUACUCUGCCAAAGCUGGUCCCCAGACGUUAGCUCAGCAAACAGAAACUGUACACUCCAGACGCUUUAACGUCACAUGUUCUUCAGAUUUCGCAUCCGACCUAAAAAGGUUUAAAGGAUGUGCUCCGACUCAGUGUGGCAGAGUGAUAAUGGACAGCCUUGUAUCAAAGAGUGAAGCCAGACACUUAUUAGAACUUGCAAAAAAUGGACUACAGUUGGGUGGGUCCAAUGGAGGGGCAUCCAUUCUUGAUCUUCACUCCGGUGCUCUUUCUAAAGGCGAUUCAUUUAUAAAUAUUUACAAAUAUUUAGAAAAAAGUGAACUAGGCAGCGUCUUUCAUGAAGGAGACUUUCAGCUCUACAGCACCGUAGCCAAGAAGAUCAAGCUAGCAAUAGCCAAAGAAUUCCGUAUCCAGCCCAGCAAGCUCUACCUAACCCAUCCCACAUUCUUUUCACGGAUGACCAACAAACCAGCUAAGACCAUACACGACGAAUAUUGGCAUGUCCAUGUGGACAAGGAGACCUAUGAUACCUUUGACUACACGUCUUUGCUCUACCUCGCUGAUUAUGGGAAGGAUUUUGAAGGUGGCCGUUUCAUCUUCACCGACAAGGGCACCAACAUGACAGUGGAACCUAAACUAGGGAGGUUGUCUUUCUUCACCUCAGGCUCAGAGAACACUCACUUUGUGGAGCGCGUCACCAAAGGAACCCGGUACGCCAUUACGGUGUCUUUCACGUGUGACAAGGCGAAAGCCAUUGAACAUCCAAAACUCCGCAAGUCAUGAAUUACGAAUAGCUUUCCAACAAUAAACAUCACAUUAUGGCAUUGUUCCAGCAUGUGCUGAUACAUUUACAUGAAGGAACAUGGCUCCCCUCAAGUUGUUUUUAGAACAUGCCUUACAAAUAAAAAAGACAAGUUGGUGAGCUUUAGUGCAAACAGAUCAACACAUACCUCCCAACCAUUUAAUUGGAACUGGUCUGAUUUUUUUUAAUCGGAAAGUUCCGAUUCCCCAUUAAGGAAUAGAUGGAUAAAUAAAUGAAUAAGUAAAAAGCCCUAGCAAAAGAGAGUGCUAUCUGUGGGAAAAAUAGUGUGCUCUUUGCUAUAUCAGAAUGGCAGUUGACGGGGGGGCGUAGGGGGUGCACCCCCCACUUGCAUAUCCUGAUGUGAUCACGAUUAUGUACAUGUAUAUGUCCAACAUGUAGUCAGCCCCCCCCCACUAAAGCGUGAAACCCCCUGCUCGGCCCCCCCACGCUCAGAUCCCUGGCUAUGGACUCAUAUAAUGGGUCUUCUGAUAUCUGACUUUUCACUGUUGACAGGUACAUGUAUAUCUAUGGAUCUUUCUCUCUGUGUGUCACAGUUGUAGAUUUUACCUGCCACUGCUAGGUAGACAAGCUAGUCAUCAGUACAAAUGAAAAAAAUUAACGAGGCAUUGCAGAGUUACAUAAAAGUUUGAAGCAAAUACUUGUAUGUCCAUGCACUCGUACAUUGUGCUGGUUCAUCCAUAUUACAUGAGCUGUUCGAACCAAAGUUACAGACAGUAGACCACCCGUGGGUUGUAUUUUAUGUGAAUGGUACCUGAAGUUUGAAUAAAGUUGAAGUAGUUUGCAAAAACUACUUAAGAUAAGGAAAUAAGGUGUUGCAGAUGAGUAACAUAGGCACUACAUGUUAUACACAGUGGAUGUGUCAGGUAAAUGCUCUACCAAUUCAGAGAGCGUAAAACUCUGAAAUACUUGUAAGAUUUUUAUUGCCUUCGAUAAGUAGAAGUGAAAAUAGUUUUCAUUGCUAAAUUCCCAUUUGAGAGGUAGGGAAGUAGUUGUUCAUAAAACGUAUGCAUUAAAACCAAUUUGUCGGUGGUGGAAUCCGGGAUUUGGCUUGGUUUCUGCUUUGUCAGGGUAGAGAGGUCAGAGGUCAAGACCUUAUUUGGGAACGAUUGCUGUCGAACUCAACCAGUUGCAAUUUUGUUCAGGGGGAAGACUUGAGAAAUUGGUGACAAAUUGAUGCUGAACUUGGUGUGCCAAUCCAUUGUCUGCUCAGUUCGGGAGGAAUUGCCAAACGUCAAGUUCUGAAAAGCUACUUGUGUGAGGUUUUACAGAAAUCCGAUUAAAAAGUGCCUUUUGAAAGCCAAUUGUGUUUACAGUCAAACUAAGCAGAAAGCAAAUUCACAUUACACACUUUUUUAUUUAGUGGUUUAUUGUUGAAAUAUAAAUAUAUGUAUGUACAUUUUGUUUCAGUUUUUGCAAAUAAUGUAAAUAUUUGAUUCAAAGUGUAUACUUCAAAACGAAAGGUACCGGUAGUCGGUAAUACUGAUACCUAAAAUGAGAGAAAAACGUAA